UAAAAAGCGGCGGUUGCUCAUCGACCACCUUUUGUGAAUAAGUAGGAUUCAUUUCUUUAUUGUAGUAUUCCAGGACAGUACAAAAACUAGGAUCCUGGUGUUUUUCUGUAAAGUUGUAAGCAUCUCUACUGCACCAGGAUCAUGCAGCAACAACAGGCUGCAGAGGAGCGAGGCCUUCUCGGUUCACUGUGUUCUGGACAGAAGAAGCUGCAGGGGAAGACCUUUUAUCUGGACAGUUUGAAGAAACGCUCCACAACCCUGCUUUUGGAGGCUGUACCUCUUCUAGGAGGGAAGAUCGAGAGUUUUCUGCACAAGGAUAUAAGCUUUGUUGUGACUGGAAGCCAAGACGGCCCGAAGGAGCAGAAAUCUACAGAUAUCAAAACAGAAGCAAACGGGAAGAGUGACGAAGCCCAGCAUCCUAUAAUGCAGCGAGAGAGCAUCCUCAGCAGAGAAAAACGCCGACCAGGAACUCCUAGACCGACGGCUUGUGGCAGCCGUGGGAAGGCCCUGCUUGAAAAAGCCAUUCGCAACAAUGAGCGACUACAUGCGAGCAGUGUUUUGACGAAUGCUCGAUCAUGGGGAGUGAAGAUUGUGUAUGUGGAUGAUGUCCUUUUUUAUUUGAAACACUUGACACGAGAAAGCUUUGAUGUUCCACACAGGAGGCCGGAGCUAAAGGCCAAACAUCAAGCUGCUCAAGUUGUCAAAGCUGUGCCUUUGAGGUCAUCCUUUGUUAAAAUUGAAGACUCAAGCAGGAAAUACAAGCCCUUUCUUUUGCAAAAUAUGACCUUGCCUACUCUGCGCUACUCGGGCCGAUUUAGUCCCUUUGAAAUUCCUCCUCCUCCUCGGUUGGAAAAGCCGGCAGAGAAAGACGAAGAUAAAGCAAGGGAGAAGAUAACAAUUGAGAGCAGCAUCCAGGACAAGUCUCAAACCCCACUCAGCUGUAACCCUCUGCAGCCCCCCAAAAAGAACGUGUCUUACUGUGAAUGCUGUCAUCAACCCUUCCAUAAUCUGGAAGAGCACAUUCAGUAUGAACAACACCGUGCGUUUGCGCUGGACGCCUCAAACUACAGUGUGGUGGACCAACUGGUGGCUGAAAUGCUUCCUGGAUUCAACACCGAUCCAGAUCCACAGUCACAGGAACAACUGGACCGACCACCGACUCCUUUGCCUUUCUGUGAGCUGGAGCCUCUCACUGAUGCUGAGGCAGAGCAUGCUGUGCAGUCCCUGCAGAGAGGUUCACCUUCCAACAUUCACCUCUCCAGCCCGACUAGGGGUCCUCCGUCCAGCUCAUCACCAGGAGUUCAACUUACCAUCCCAACUCCACCAGCCGCUCCACCUGCUGACAUCCAGCCUUUCACUACCAACACCGACCUCCAACUUCUUGUCAGCCCUCCUCGCACUUCAAGUCCAGCCAUGCCUGUUUUGGAUGUAGAACCACAAUACUACUACUCAGCCAACCAGCUGCUUGAUAUUCAAGAUCUCUCCCCCUGCCCCUCCCCCGACCCUUACUCCCUGCCUCCGGCCCUCAGUCCUCAAGUGCUUUAUCCUUAUUACAUAAUGGAGCCGUACUGCCUGUACUCAGACCCUCCUGUCCUCAGUCCUCAAAUGUACGCUGCAGAGGAGACUGUGGAAGGACGCACUUGUGAAAUGGACACUGCAGAAAGUGUGUCUCACUCUGUCCCAGAUCUUACCCGACUUUUUCCUUCUGUGUCUCUGACCGAUGCAGAAGUAGUAAAGGAAUCAAACCAAGAAAGCUUUUUAGGUCGAAUCACUUGUUCCACAAAUGGUUUAAAGUUGGCGGCUACGCUGUUGUCACGCAGAUCCCGCUCCCUCCCUCGACACCAGUCAGUGACAGCACCGAACCCCAAAAAGCGCUGUAGAUCCGCCAGCCCCGAACACAGCCGGAGCAAAAGGAGGAGGAUUACAGCAGAUUUUGGCUACAGUGGUAGCUGGACUAAAGAAGGGCAUACAGCUGCCAAACCAGAAAGUGACACUAUGCCAAAACAUCAGCACUCAUCGUUAUUCGAUUCAAAGUUCUUUUGCCAGGCAAUACAGCCCUGUCCUGCGCCAGAUGUUUCGCCAACAUGCACUGAGGAAUCGCUUGACUCUAAACAGAUUUUUACCUCAUUUUGUGUUCCUACUGUACUAAACUUCUCACAAACACCACAUCAAAUGGAAAUGUUAUCUACUUCUGCUGCUGUUCAACUAUCACAGCCACUCUCCUCAAAGACUUGUUAUCCUCUACUUCAGUUCCCCAAUGAUCAAUCUCCCAGUGCAUUAUCCAGUCUAGACUAUCAGCGUUCACUUUCCCACUCGGUGUGCAUCGAGUCAUCCCUCAUCCCAGACUUUAACAGGCUCUCUUCGUCAUCAUCGGGCUCUGACUGGGACUGUGGCCUGCUGUCCCGCUUCGGAGCGACCUCUGCUGGUCCUCUGUCGCCCGCUGAGCAGAGCUGCGAGCUGGACCAGGAGCUCCUCCAGAUGCCGUGCGCCUGGAUGCGCGACACCAGCUAUGAGUCACAUCUGCACAACGUCCUCCAGCCGCCAAACCCGGCCGGAUCGCUGUGCGGGGAAGAAAUGGACCCAUCAGCCUUUUCUAGGACUUUGGUGCAGAUUGUUGAAGUUCAGCACUAAUGGCUAUUAUCUUAGUCAAUUUAAAGAACCGGAAGAAUCUCUAACAGGAAACUUAAAGGCUCCAGACUUUGCAGCUGCGUAUCCCACUGCAAGAAACAAUGGGCCACACUUAAGCUCAUCCAAAUAAGUCAAUAAAACUGAAUACAUAUUUGAAACUUAGUGCAAACUAAAAAGUAAUAUUUAGGUGUUUUUGCAGAUGCUGAUUUUUAUUUAUUUACUUCGUAGAUUUUACUUUAGUAAAUCAUGCGGCUUCCCGUCAAUUUGAAGAGCAUCCAUUAUAAUUUCUCCUGUCAACCCUUUAUCCUCUCCGUGCACAGAAGUCUAAGCAAUAUUCUGUAUGUGGUGCUGACUCAGUCUUUCAGCAGCUAUGUCCGGGAACGCAUGGUGGUAUUGAGAACUUAAUGAGGCUUUUCUGAAAGGGGCAUUACUCAAUUAUUGUAAGUGCUGCGUCUGGAUCAGAUCCCACUCACGCCGGCGUUGAUGAAGCAUUCGUAGAGUGGAGGACUCGUACAACCCGUGAGACAAAAAUCUGUCUGAUUAAUGUCGAAAUUGCUCUUUCCUUGUGAAGGUCGGCCAAAGGACUGACUUUGUCAAGGAGAGCUGUGGGCUGCACAGUGUUGUGCUGCAGCCGCUACAGGCAGCUUUAUUGUCUUAACUUGUCAAGUGUAAGGUCACCUACCAUUAAAAACUCGUCAUUGCUCUUAACAAAUCAAACGACAAGUUAAUAGUCAAUACCCCAUUUUCAAAGAUCACACCUUCUGAAUACGUUGCAUGGUUAUUUAAAACGUGUCUGACAAAGACACACAAAGUUUCAGUUUAUGGAAGACAAGCAGUUCUCUUAAUAACUUGUGAUGUAAAUUAUUGUUCAGUGUUUGAAAAUAAAUGAUUU